AUGCCUCAAGGGUGCGGGGCGGCGCGGGGCGGCGGGGCAUCGGUGGCCGCCCCCCCGGGGGCGGGAGGGGGGUCCGGGCUCCCUCCUCAGGCCCGCCGCUCCCUCUUCACCUGGUCGGUCAGCAUGUCACCCGCGGGCUCCCCCCGGGAACAGCUCGGAGUCUCCCUCAGCCGCUCUCCUCCGGGUCAGCUGAAAUCGUCCUGUGCCCUCCCUGUGGGAUCCUCCUGUGCCGGGACCCUCCUGGGCCUGGGAUCCUUCUAUGCUAGGGUGUGGGAUCCUCCUGUGCCGUUACUCACUGUGUCCGGACUGUGGGAUCCUCCUGUGCAGGUUCUCACUGUAUCCGGGCUGUGGGAUCCUCCUGUGCCGGUUCUCACGAUGUCCGGGCUGUGGGAUCCUCCUGUGCCGGUUCUCACGGUUCCGGGCUGUGGGAUCCUCCUGUGCCGGUACUCACGGUGUCCGGGCUGUGGGAUCCUCCUGUACCGCGCUGCCUCCGCUCUGCUCGCCGGGCCGCUGGGACUGAGUCUGUGCUGUGGUUCCUGGACCGAUCGUGAACCGGUCCCGCCCCCACAGCGCCAGGUCCCAGAACCGCCCUCCCCACCAUGUGCAGAGACCGCCCUCACACAAUCUGCACAGUCUGCCAGCUCACACUAUUAG